UAAUUGCGAAUUCUGAGGUGCCACCGCAGUGUCAAUCUCCUUUGUGGAAAGCAUAGGAAUUGGCCUGUCACCAGUUCCUUCCGGCUCUGCAGUUGCUUCAGGCUCCUCCCCUCUCCUCCAGUCUGAGCAGGAAAAAAAUACGCAGAAGGGUUGAAAGCACAGUUCCCGCCCCUGCGUUUCAAGUUUCCAAACAGGUCCGCCAUCUUAUUAUAAAAGUUCUGAGCAAUCGGCCUAAAAGCCUUGUGCUUCUUGCUCAGCAUCUCUUUUGCUAUGUCUGGACGUGGUAAGGGAGGCAAGGGCCUCGGUAAAGGUGGCGCCAAGCGCCAUCGCAAGGUGCUGCGCGACAACAUCCAGGGCAUCACCAAGCCCGCCAUCCGCCGCCUAGCCCGCCGCGGUGGUGUCAAGCGCAUUUCUGGCCUCAUCUACGAGGAGACGCGCGGGGUGCUAAAAGUCUUCCUGGAGAACGUGAUCCGCGACGCCGUCACCUACACGGAGCACGCCAAGCGCAAGACGGUCACGGCUAUGGACGUGGUCUACGCGCUCAAGCGCCAGGGACGCACGCUCUACGGCUUCGGCGGCUGAGGCUAGGUCGCCUGAGACACCUAACUAAGGUGUUGUAAACAAAGCAUCAGACAUACAAGACCGAAUUGGAAGGAACCAAAGUUUCCUGAUUGAUUGCAAGAGGUGCUUUGCAGAAUUGGAAUAAUCACAAUAAAUCUGUUCCACUAGAAAAGUAGCUGUUUUCAAAACCUUUCAAAGCCUUUGAUAUAGCAGUUUAACUUUAUCAUACAAGAUACUGUUUUUUUCAACUUGCCUGGCAGCCCUUACCUUGACCUGUAACAUUUUAAGGAAAGGUGAUGUUAAAUGAUCCUCCUUAACUGUUAUUUCUUGCACUGUGUUGUAUUGUGGGAAGAACCCAGAACUGUAUUCAGCAUACUUUAAAAAAUCAAAGGAUGCAUUUUCCCGUAUCUUAGGCAGUGUUACUUGGGUAUUUCACAGUAUUCUGUCUUCCCUGUGGAGAGUAGUUCUUAAUAUAUGGAUGAAAAAGUCCUUUGAAAAGAAUUUAUUUAAAAAUACACAUGGACAUAAAGCAUUUCAUAGGGUUAUUUAUCCUUUGAGGCUUACCUUCCUUUUCUGUCAUCCUCGAAUCUGGUACUUAGAGCUGAGAUCUAGAAACCCAGAAUUUACGGAUAUAGAAAAAAGGGCAGACAUUACAACAGUGGAGAACAACUUGAAUAUGUAAAUUAGUUUUGUCACCAUUCACUGAGUGCUGUCAACAGACCUAUAUAUUCUCGAAUUGGUCACCUCUUUAUAUUUUAGAUUGCAGAACAGAAGAAAGCCUCCAUUCUGAAGAAAGAUUGAUUCUCAAGUUUGAGGCUCUGAAUUGAAUCUUACAAGAAUGAGGAAUACAAAAUAAGAAACAACAGGGAUUUUAUUUUGUCUUAUAAGAAAGGUGAAUUUUAUCUUGAUCCUUUGGAUUUGUCUUCCAUUUGGCCACUUUAUUUAAUAAAGUCUAUAUAUUAAGUA